AUGGAGGCCGCCGUCGCGUACCUCCUCCUGCUCCCGCUCGCCACCUGCGCCGUGCUCCUCCCCCUCCUCCUCCUGCUGCUCCCGGCCUUUCGGCCGUCCAAGGCCAGCCGCCUCCCGCUGCCGCCGUCCCCGCCGGCCGUCCCGGUGCUUGGCCCGCUGCUCUGGCUCUGGCGCGCGCGCUCCCGCCUCGAGCCGGCCAUCCGCGACCUGCACCGCCGCCACGGGCCCGUGCUCACCCUCGGCUUCCUCUCCCCGCGCCCCGCCGUCUUCGUCUCCGGCCGCCGCGUCGCCCACCGCGCCCUCGUCCAGCACGGGCACACCUUCGCCAGCCGCCCGCCCGCCAUCGCGCCCUUCGUCGUCCUCACUUCUGCCCAGCGCACCGUCAGCUCCGCGCCCUACGGCCCGCUCUGGCGCUCCCUCAGGCGGAACCUCGCCUCCGGCGUCCUCCACCCCUCCCGCGUCGCCCGCCUCUUCGCGCCCGCACGGCGCUGGGCGCUCGCGCUCCUCGCCUCCGACCUCGAGAACGAGUCGUCCCGGAGCGAGGGCGGCGUGGUGACCGUUGUCGAGUGCCUCCAGUUCUCCAUGUUCUCGCUGCUCACGUACAUGUGCUUCGGGAGCAGACUGCCGGCCGGACGCGUCCGGCAGAUCGAGGCCGUGCAGAGAGAGCUAUUCUCCUCCUACAUCGGCUUCCAGGUCUUCGCCUUCUGCCCGGCGCUCACCACGAGGCUGUUCCGGCGGCGGUGGAGGAAGGUGAUGUCCAUCCGCAGUAAGCAGGAGGACCUGUUCAUGCCACUAAUCGCAGCAAGAAGAGAACGGAGCCUGCUGACGGCUGACGGUGGCGACGGCACCUUGGCGUACUGCUACGUCGACACGCUCCUCGCGCACCGGCUCCCCAAGGAGGAAGAGGAUGGCGGCGAGCGCGCGCUCUCUGAGGCUGAGAUGGUGAGCCUCUGCACGGAGUUCCUCACGGCCAGCGUCGACACCACGGUGACCGCGCUGCAGUGGAUCAUGGCGAACCUGGUCCGGCAGCCGGAGAUCCAGGCGAGGCUCCGGGAUGAGAUCGACGCGGCGAUCACCAACGACCACCAGGACGCCGUCGCGGAGGAGGACCUGUCGAGCAUGCGCUACCUGAAGGCGGUGGUCCUGGAGGGGCUGCGGCGGCACCCGCCGGCGCACUUCCUGCUGUCGCACGCGGCUCCGACGGAGGCGUCGCUGGACGGGCUACGCGUGCCGGCGGCCACGUCGCUGAACUUCUCGGUGGCGGACGUGUCACUGGACGAGGAGGUGUGGAGCCGGCCAGAGGAGUUCAGGCCGGAGCGGUUCCUGGACGGCGGGGAGGGCGCCGGGGUGGACCUGACGGGGAACCGUGAGAUCAGGAUGAUGCCGUUCGGGGCCGGCCGGAGGAUCUGCCCCGGCCUCGGGCUGGCGAUGCUGCACCUGGAGUUCUUCGUGGCCAACCUGGUGAGGCGGUUCGAGUGGUCUGCGGCGGAGGAUGGCCGCGGCGUCGACCUCGCCGAGAGGCCGGAGUUCACGGUGACCAUGGAGCAGCCGCUGCGCGCGCGCGUGGCGCCCAGACGCCCCCGGCUAGUUCGGCCAGUCUGA